AGUGGGUACCUUGUUUUUCUGUCCACUGAGCAUUCCCUCCCUUUCACUUUUGUUACUAAUUUUGUUGAUAUCCCCUUUGUUUUUGUUCCACCUAAGGAACUCCCCAAACCACCUUCCUAUGGUUCUGGUGUGGCUUCUAAUCAUGACCCUGUUGACGGAAAUAACCAACUCUGUAGAAACAAAGUCAGACUUCUGUCCUCAGUCCCACAAACCUCUGACCACAUUAACUGGGCAAAGGGGAAUACAGGGUGCUUUGCAUACAGGAAUACAGAAAAAACAGCAAAGUGGAGUCAAGUACACAUAACAGCUUCAUGGGCUUGAAGGAUCACCCGGGGCAUGACCUCGGCCACCUUUACGUGGAGAGCACUGACCCACAGUUAAGUGUAGCCGUACCUUGGUCAACAGGAGAAAAACCAACAAUGGAUACAGUUAAUGCCAGGAGGGAAGAAAAAGAGGUGUCUGAAGAGAAUGGGAGCUCUGGUGACUCUGAAGAAAGCACAAAUUCUGAUCAUGAGUCAGAACAACUGAGUAGCAUUUCAGUAGAGCCAUGUAUAUUAACCAAGACUCAUAGACAACUAUGCCGGUCUCCCUGUUUAGAGCCUCACAUACUCAAACGCAAUGAAAUCUUGCAAGACUUUAAACCCGAAGAGUCUCAGACUACUUCCAAGGAAGUGAAGAAACCCCCUGACGUGGUGCGAGAAUACCAAACAAAACUGGAGUUUGCACUUAAGUUAGGUUAUUCUGAAGAACAGGUUCAGCUUGUGCUAAACAAACUUGGUACUGAUGCUUUAAUCAAUGAUAUCUUGGGCGAACUUGUCAAACUUGGAAACAAAAGUGAGGCUGAUCAAACAGUUGGUACAAUUAACAAUGUAAUUCGGGAAACAUCCUCCUUGGAAUCUCAGAGGUCUGAAUCUCCAAUGCAAGAGAUUGUAGCAGAUGAUGGUGAAAAUCUGAGACCAAUAGUUAUCGAUGGCAGCAAUGUGGCAAUGAGCCAUGGAAACAAAGAAGUAUUUUCCUGCCGAGGAAUAAAACUGGCAGUGGAUUGGUUUUUGGAAAGAGGCCACAAAGAUGUUACCGUUUUUGUUCCUGCUUGGAGAAAAGAGCAGUCUCGACCCGACGCCCUCAUUACAGAUCAGGAAAUUUUACGUAAAUUAGAGAAGGAGAAAAUCCUGGUGUUCACGCCAUCCCGGCGAGUUCAAGGGAGACGAGUGGUGUGUUACGAUGACAGGUUCAUUGUGAAGCUGGCUUUUGAGUCAGACGGCAUAAUUGUAUCCAAUGAUAACUACAGGGAUUUGGCCAAUGAAAAGCCAGAAUGGAAGAAGUUCAUAGAUGAGCGAUUAUUAAUGUAUUCAUUCGUCAAUGACAAGUUCAUGCCCCCUGAUGACCCUCUUGGCAGACAUGGCCCAAGUCUCGAUAAUUUUCUGAGGAAGAAACCUAUUGUUCCUGAACACAAAAAGCAGCCCUGUCCAUAUGGGAAGAAGUGCACCUAUGGACACAAGUGCAAAUAUUACCAUCCCGAAAGGGGCAGUCAGCCUCAGCGGUCGGUGGCUGAUGAACUUCGUGCCAUGUCCAGAAAUACAGCAGCCAAAACUGCAAAUGAAGGAGGACUCGUGAAAAGCAACAGUGUUCCCUGUAGCACCAAGGCUGACAGCUCUUCUGAUGUCAAGCGAGGCGCUCCAAAGAGGCAAUCGGAUCCAAGCAUACGAACUCAAGUCUACCAAGACCUAGAAGAAAAGCUUCCCACCAAAAACAAAUUGGAAACCAGGUCUGUACCUUCCUUGGUUAGUAUACCGGCUACUUCUACUGCAAAACCCCAAAGCACUACAUCUUUAAGCAAUGGCCUUCCAUCUGGAGUUCAUUUCCCACCUCAGGAUCAAAGACCACAGGGACAAUAUCCUCCGAUGAUGAUGGCAACCAAAAAUCAUGGAACGCCAAUGCCUUAUGAACAGUAUCCCAAAUGUGACUCGCCCGUUGACAUUGGAUAUUAUUCCAUGUUGAAUGCAUAUUCAAAUCUGAGUAUCUCAGGCCCACGAAGUCCUGAAAGGCGUUUCUCGUUAGACACGGAUUAUAGAAUAAGCUCUGUAGCUUCCGACUGCAGCAGUGAAGGGAGCAUGAGCUGUGGGAGCAGCGACUCUUACGUGGGGUACAAUGACCGAUCCUACGUCAGUUCUCCUGACCCGCAGCUAGAGGAGAAUUUGAAGUGUCAGCACAUGCACCCUCACAGCCGCCUUAAUUCCCAACCUUUCCUGCAGAAUUUCCACGACCCCUUAACCAGAGUGCAAAGUUACAGUCAUGAAGAACCAAAGUUCCAUCACAAGCCUCCUCUGCCACACUUGGCUGUGCACCUCCAGCACCCCUCCGUGGGGGCACGGUCCAGCUGUCCUGGCGAUUACCCCUCUCCUCCAAGUUCAGCACACUCUAAGGCACCACACCUCGGGAGGUCCUUGGUAGCCACAAGAAUAGACAGCAUUUCUGAUUCUCGACUUUAUGACAGUUCUCCUUCAAGACAAAGAAAGCCUUAUUCCCGCCAGGAAGGGUUGGGGAGCUGGGAUAGGCCGAGUUACGGGAUCGAUGCCUACGGCUAUCGGCAGACUUACUCCCUGCCCGAUAACUCCACGCAGCCCUGCUACGAGCAGUUCACCUUCCAGAGCCUACCUGAACAGCAGGAGCCAACCUGGCGAAUACCAUACUGUGGAAUGCCACAAGAUCCUCCAAGGUACCAAGACAACCGGGAAAAGAUUUAUAUCAACUUGUGCAACAUCUUCCCACCUGACCUUGUGAGAAUUGUCAUGAAAAGGAAUCCCCACAUGACAGACCCCCAGCAGCUUGCCGCAGCCAUUUUAGUGGAGAAAUCACAGCUGGGUUAUUGAAAGACGAUGCAUCUUUGUGGUGUUUAGUAGUUUUUUGUUCAGCUCAAAUGCUGAGGGAGGUUUGCUACAAUAGCACAUGUGAUCUCCUUCUCAGCAAGGAGGUUAUAUAGUAUCCAUUUAUGUGAAAUACUGUAUCAUGGAAUCUGUAUGUAUAGCCCCACACGGUGGAAGCAUCACGGGAUUGCUUUACAUUCAAACUUUUUUUUAACAUUUCCUUUUUAAAGCUAUAUCUUUGGCUGGAAAUUUUUCCAGUUUGAUUUACUAGAUGUAUCUGUGAUCUUUGAUAUUAAUCUUUGGUGCAUCAGGGGUUUAUAUGCAGCACUUUUUAUUCUUGUUUCACGUUUUAUUAACUUGAUGUUUGUCUAUCAAUUGCAAGCAAUUACAAUACCUUCAGAAUGUGGGACAUUUGACUAGACCUAGCCAACUAUUUUUUCAAGCCAAGCUUAAUUAGACUCUUUUACAGCUUUUUAAGUUAUUUUUAUUUGGGGAAAGUGGGCUUUGUGCUAUAAUCAUAAUUUAUAGAAACAAAAAUAUACUACAGCACUGACUUUAUAUUUUAAACAAGAUGUUAAGUUACCAGUUUGUGUUGAAAUGGGUAACAGUAUAUAUUAGAAUGAUUUACAAUAUGGCACUUUUUCAUUGUUUUAUUUUUGUUUGGAUUUUUUUUCUGUUAAGAAAUUAAAUUAAUAUGGUCAAUUUAAAAGGAAGCAAAUGCAAUCAAUGGAAAAAAAAUUGUUUCCUUUUUUUUUUUUUUAAAGUAAAAGGCAAAAGCCGCAACUGUUCCAGGUUAAAGCUUUGUUAUCCAGCUAUGAUGUGCUUCUUAGACAGUAGAAGUGGAAGCAAAUUCCUAGAUUUCCAUUAACCUAUUUUUAAUAUGUCCAUCUUUUUGUUUGGGGCACAACAAUACUGGAUAAAAAUAACCCUUUCGCAGUUUUAAUGCUUGUUUUUAAUGAAUCUGAUUAUUCUCAAUGCAACUUUUAUAUUUAAUAUAUUCGUUAGCUUUCUUGCUAUUGUCAAGGCCGGCCUGAGGCGGUUUUACGUACUGAGGAUAUGCAACCGUUACUGAUACUGCACUAUAGACAUGGUAUGGAGGACUUGUAAAUGGUAACUUAAAAUUUUUGUAAGAUAUUGUAUAUUUUCCAUUUUCCUGAAGGUAGUUUUUUUGUUUUUGUUUUUGUUUUUCCAGAGGCCUGUUAUAUUAUUAAGGCCAGAUUCUUGCCACAAAUAGUGUAGUUUUAGACACAGACUGAAGUCUGUUCUAGUAUUAGUAAGGGAUAUUUCUGGUUUCAAAGUCAUGGGUUUUGCUAGCUGCAAAUACAUUUCUGCAGAUUCCAGGUUAGAUUUGAUGGUCAGUGGCAGACAGUUGUGUGAGUAGCAUAACUUGACUUGCCUCCAGAUUCUGAGCUUUCCUAGUGUAACAGGCGUUCAUACCUGUUUCUGUAGUCUGCCUAAACGCCCGGGUUAUUCCAGUUAUUCUACAUGCUACAGUUUGAAGUAAAGCCCUGAAAAACCAGAAAGUACCUUUUACUGUUGAUACAAAUUGUAUCUUUUUAACUAUAAGAACUAUUUUGAUUUGUAGAUCUAGUUAAAACACAAGUGUGUAACUUAUGAUUAGACUUUUGGGCAACAUUUUAUCUCUUAUUUAAAUAACAAAUUUUUGAAGUAAAAUUGAGGUCUAGAAUAGAGUAGAAAAUAAAAUUAACAAUUUAGGUAAAUAAAAGUGUCUGUCUUAGUUUUAUAUAAUAUAUUAAAACAUAUUAAAUAAAUUUAUUGGCAUUUUCUUUCUCCUAAAACUUAUCUAGCGUGAACUUAAAAUAAAGGUAAAAUGCUGCCUGAAAAUAAUGUCCAAGCACCUUUGACUAGGAUAACAUUUCCACUACUUGUGUGACACUGUGUGUUGCAUGAAGUAGGAUUUGGGUAUACAGUAAAUGCUUCUAAAAGGCAUUGUGCAUAUUGUGACAUAUCCAAUAAUCUGAACCAUGUUCAGCAAACUUAAUUCAGGAAAGUGGUAUUCUACACAGUGACUGCUGUUGUGUUCGAAGUGAGUAUGACACUCAUCUACACCCAGAAAUAACCCAGGCGAUGCCACGCCAACCAUUCCACGUGGUGUCUGAGAGCAACUGGACUCAUUUGUGAAAUUGUUCUCCUCAAUUUUGUCGGUCACUAUCUAUAGAAACGGUUUCACUGCAGAGGCUAACCCAGUGCCAAAAAUAGGAUGACUAAUGUGUAGUACCUUUCACUGUAGUCAUAUUCUAAGAUUUUUUUUUAAAUAUAUGAAAUCACUUUUAAAUUGUACAGUGUAGGUGCAGCUUCCCUCUUCCUCCAUUUAGCAUUUUAAUUAUUAGAAGAUUCUGCCAAACUUCACUGAAAUUACUUAAAUGAGAUCUUAGGUGAACUGUAUAUACUACUUUUAAUUUGACCUUCUACUGUUUUUGGCUACUUGUCAUUGCCUCAUCGUUUUGAAACUAUGGGAAAUAGUGCACCAGCUGCUACCUGUACUGAAGUGAUGAGCUCUGAACCACCUACACUGAAAUCCGUCAGUGUAAUCAACUGUGAGUUAAGGAAUAGUUUUUUUACAUCAAGAGGACAGGUUGUCCCCCUUUUGUGAAGCACCAGGAUUGCUUUCAGAGCUUCAGAAUGAGAUGAUUGGCAGGUAUUAGGUACAGCAAAUUCUUAUCUAAAGCAAUAAGUAAAAGGCGUUCUUCAUUAAAUUAAAUCCAGAGCUAAUCACAAACCUUCAUUUUCACCAAAACUUCCUUCCUAAUCAAUUCUUUUAACCAGACUUACUAAUAAAUAACCAGAGAGAAAUGUGUUAAUAAGUAGUGAAAUUGCCAGAAUGGUCAGCAAGUAGAACGACGAUUCAGACUGGAAUAUUCUGCCCCUGAAUAAUUGACAGUUGACUGUACUUUCCACAGUAAUUUAGCCAGCACGCUGUCUCUGUGUCUUAGCCCAGAGGGAAUAGUACCCAGCGGGCCAAAUGUUGGCCCCUAGUAUUUGCUCCUUUCUCGCAUGUGAUAAAAGGUGUUUCCAGCCUCAUUUCUAUGAUCUCUAUAUCCUGAUAGAGUUUGUCAUUGACCUAAACAUUUGCAAGCAAUGCACACCAGUAUAAAAUACUUGAUACUGGUGGAAACUUGAACUUUUGUGUUUUUAUGAAAAUUCAUUUAUGAGAAUAUGUAAUAUAAUUAAAGAGAGUAUUUUAUAUAUAUACUAUAUAAACACGUGCUUAUUUGUUAUGAAGUAUUAAAAAUGGGGGAAGGGUGCUUUUGAUGGCUAUCUUUUUCCUAAUUGAACGAUGUUUCUUUGAAUUGUAGAAGACCAAGUCUGGGGUCUGGAUGGCCAAUGAUAAGAUUUAAAAACACUCGAGUGGAAAUAGCUCUUCACUGGUUUUAUUAUUAGUAUUUUUUAAGAAUUAUUUUGAUAAUUUUAAUAGAAUGUGUAAUUUUAAAAUACACAAAAAACUUAAAAGUAGUAUUGAUUAUAAUUAUUUAAUGUGUCUUUUAUCGAUGUAUCUAUAUGUAUAUAGACAGUAAUAUAUUUAUAAAACAAAUAUACUUUGAUUAUGGCUGUAGCUCUUAAGUUUGUGACGGGGGGAGGACCGCUCCGAAUGUGUGUGUGAUUUUUGAAAACUCGAGUGGUUUCUCCUCCAACUUAAUAGCAUAUACUCUAAAGUAGAUUUGGUUUUCAUUAUUAUUUUUUGCUGUCCAGUUUCCUUAUUCAAGAUAAAAUAAGAUGUAGUUUCUGGCCAUUCCAUUAGUAUAAGGAUCAUCCAAUUUAUUAUCAUCUAACUUCUGGAGAAUUCCCAACUAAAUUGAAAUCACACGUGGUAUGGCUAGAGAUAGUAGUAAUGUUCCAAAUACAGUAAACAUAAAAACUCAGUUGAGAUAUUAAGUUUUCAUGAUAUAUACCAUUUAAAAAAAAAAGUAGUACACACAUGCAUUAGAAUAAGAGAAAGUAGAGUAUUAAUAAAAGUAAAAUGCACACAUUAUUUUAGACUGGUCUUGGAAAAAUCCCUAGGGCAAGGGUUGGCAAACCUCUGGAAGUAAUUCAGCUUAGGGGCCCAGCCACUGAAGGGUAGGAAGUAAGGCAUUGCUGGUGGUACUGGCCAUACCGGUGGCUUGGACUCAGAUCAUGGGUUGACCCUUAACAUGCUGGGCAUCCACACACCCAUGAUUCUGGUUGGCUGGAAACUAGGGAGGAAUUUUCAAGGGCAACCCUUGUUUUUCAAGAAAUAAAUACAAAUUAAACUUUAAAAAAUAAUAAUUUAGGCUACAGGAAUUACAUGGUCUCACAAAACCACUCCCCUCUGCCUUGAUAGUGUAUCAGCAGCCACAAAUAAUAUGUAAAUGAAUGAGUGUGACUUCGCCCCAGUAACCUUUUGGUCAUAGGAACAGGCAACCAGCCAGAUUUGGCUUACGGGCCAGAGUUUGCUGAUCCCUGCCCUAGAAGGAGAAAAACAGGCAAAUGAAGCAGAAAGUCCCGACGUGUGUUAAUAGAAGAAAUAAUCAUUGGGUUUCGGUUGACACACAAAGAAAAGUUCAUGGUUAUUGAUGUCCUUCAGGAGUAGAUUGUGAGACAGUCUUUUUAAAGCAUCUUUAUUAAUUUAUGUUUUCUACUUGGUCACACCCAUUACUUAUCAGAGAUACUGUGUUUAACUUCAACAAAAGCAUUCUGUAAAAAGAUAUUUUCCCUUGCUGACCUUUUGUUUUCUAAUGGCCACAUGGACAAAAAAAAAAAAAUCUUAUUUUGAAAAUUACCAUAAAAUAAGUCACAAAUAUAUUCAAGACUACAUUUAUCAGAUUUUUUUUUUCUGCUGGUUUUGGCUCCAAAUGAAUGAUAGGUCCUCUCUUUUAAAAUGAUUUUAAAGAAGAUAUAUAAAUAUACUGUAAUUUCACAUUCUAUAGCUUUAUUCUAUAAGAAUAAAAAUUGUGAUUAGUGUCAUUGUAGUUAUAAUGUGAGCAUAUGGGUUACAUUGUACUCUUUAUAAGAAACAAAGUGUAUCCUCGCUUUCUCUGUCCAAAUCUUUAGUCUAGACUCUUUGGACACCUUAGGACUGUCCUUGGUGAAUGAUACUCUUAAUGUGAUCAUGUGUAAUUUUGCAUUUGUGGGAAGUACACACUGCCGAGUAUGUUCAUUCACGGUAUGAAGCCACAUGGUGUUACUUCAAUGACAUCAUUUUCAUAAGAACAUUAAAUAGUUGUGGACAUUACCACCCACUUAAGUAAUACACAUUCUUUUAAAAUUGGCAUGCAAUUCUAGCUUUAAUGGUGUUUAUUGUUUUUAAACAGCUGGGGUUUUUUUUCUUUAAUGCCUUCUGUUGACUUGUGUAUUAAUCCUGUUAAGAUAAUACUGUUAUGUAUUACAAGUGGUGUUUUCUGUAAGAGCAAUCCUUCCUUAGUCUUUUCAGAUUUCAAAACAACUCAAGGUUUUAAUAUUUGGCAAUAGAAAAUGUCUGUGCAUACUUUAAUUUAGCUUUAUAAAGUUUCACUUCUUAAACCAUGUACCAAUUUCCUGUCCAAGUGUAUUGGAUGAAUAACAAAAUGUCCACUAACGCUUUUGCCACCUUUUUUAACCAGCUUGUAUCUCAAGGGAAAAGAUCCUGAAGUGAAACAGUUUGUUUUGAGAAAGAAUAUGUUUAAGAUUUCCAAUUUUUGAAAUGAUACAUUUCUUACCUUAUGUGGAGUAUUCACAGACACAGCAUUUUAUUGCAAGUAUAUCAGGUUAGUCUAUCUUUUCAUUUGAGUUUUCUUUUCUCCUACAUCAUAGUUGUAUGCAACAGUAAAAUUUCCAAUUUGACCCUGCAAACUUUUCUUACCUGAAAAGGCAAGAUAUGUUUAGAGCAACCAUCUGAUAAACUGAUGUGACUCAUUUAUUCUGUCUGUUCUGUAUGUUUCUGUAAUGGAAUAUUUGCAAUUCCAAAAGCAGUCUUCUAGUCCAACUGGAAAUCCAUUUAAAAACAGCCAUGUUAUUCUGCCACUGAGGGAAAACAAUUAAAAAUUCAUUUUUCUUA